CACAGGUGGGUGCACUGUUGGGCACAGGUGGGGGCACUGCUGGGCAUAGGUGGGGGCACUGCUGGGAACGGGUGGGCGGGGCUAGUGGGCGCACUGCUGGGCGGAACUUGCGGGUGUCACUGCUGGGCACCGAUCAUCAGGGCACUGAUCAUCAGUGCCCUGAGCUGCUCUGUGUGUGACAAGUACACUGAUGAAUCAGGGCACUGAUGGCUGCUCUGUGUGACAAGUACACUGUUGAAUCAGGGCACUGAUGGCUGCUCUGUGUGACAAGUACACUGUUGAAUCAGGGCACUGAUGGCUGCUCUGUGUGACAG